UACUCAUCUUAAACUGUAUCUGUUUGGAAUGUUACGUAAAAAAUUUUCCUUCUUGUCUUCUGGUGAAGAGAGAAAUGUACAAAUUUGCUUUUUGUUUCUUUUCAGCAUUCAGUAUGGCUUCUCCAGCUCUACUCAUGCGUGUGGUCGCCUCUGCGUAUUCUGUUGCAGAAAAAGCUGCAACAAUUGUUAGAAAUGUAAUGGCUGCAGGAGAUCUGGGGAUAGUGGAGAAGACUGGAGCCAAUGACUUGCAGACCAAAGCUGACCGACUGGUACAAAUGAGCAUUUGUGCUUCCCUGGCACGGAAGUUUCCCAAGAUGACAAUCAUAGGAGAAGAAGAACUGUCCACUGAUGAGGUAACUGAGGAACUAAUUGAAGAUGGUCACUGUGAAGAAAUACUGAAGAAAACUUGUCCUGCUCAGUACACAGGAAUUAAAGAGGAAGAGCUUGUAAUAUGGGUUGAUCCCUUGGAUGGAACAAAGGAGUACACUGAAGGUCUCCUUGACCACGUAACGGUUCUUAUUGGAAUUGCUUAUGGAGGCAAAGCAAUAGCAGGAGUUAUUAACCAGCCAUAUUACAACUAUGAGGCAGGAGCUGAUGCUGUGUUGGGCAGGACAAUCUGGGGAGUCCUGGGCAUAGGUGCCUUUGGAUUUCAGCUCACAGAAGCACCUGCUGGGAAACACAUCAUUGUUACCACCCGUUCUCAUAGCAGUACCCUGGUAAAUGACUGCAUCAGUGCCUUGAACCCAGACAGUGUCAUCAGAGUUGGAGGAGCAGGAAACAAGAUCAUUCAACUUAUAGAAGGCAAGGCAUCUGCUUAUGUGUUUGCCAGUCCUGGGUGCAAGAAAUGGGAUACAUGUGCACCUGAAGCUAUUCUACAUGCUGUGGGAGGCAAGAUAACUGAUAUCCAUGGAAAUUCAUUUCAGUAUAACAAGGAAGUGAAACACAUGAAUUCAGCUGGGGUCCUUGCCACUUUAAGAAAUUAUGACUAUUAUGCCAGUCGUAUUCCUAACACUGUUAAACAAUCUCUUGUGCCUUGAAGCAGUAAAGCAUCUUUACCUGGCCCAGAAGGCUGAGAAGUGAGCUUGGAGAACAAAAAAGAAAGAAGAAAACAGCGCUUGAAAUCUUGUUUUAUAGAAUCUGAACCAAAUUAUUCCAUUAAGGUGUUCAAUAAUUUCAAAAUGACAUGCAGAAUAUCUACGUAUGUUGGAUCAGAUUGUUUUGCUAUAUUCAGCAGAUAAUAUCAAAAAAAGUCAGAUUUCUUCAGUAAUAAUUUUCCAUAUAUUUGGGGAGUAUUCAUUCUUCACAUGGUAUGACUGUGUUUAAUCUACUGCUAAUCAUAAGACUCCAGUCCAAAAUCAUCUUAAUAUUCAGGGCACAAAAUCAUGUUAAGUCAUUUACCUGAUCUUGCUCAAUGUUUUUUGUUGUAUGUAGUCAACAAGGGUUUAUUGUGUUAAAUACAAAGGGAGUGAGAAUUUGCCUGGAUGGAUUAGCCCAUUUAUUAUAAAGUUUUGAUUCUUAGAAGUGAAUCUUUGAAUUUUUUGGUCUGCACUCAGUUUUGGGAUGGCCAAUGUUGCUAUUUGUGGCAAGUUGGCUUGUCUGAGUUUUGCAGGAGGGAGGAUGCAGUCCAGCUGGGCUUCUGCAAUCUCAGAGAGGGGUUCCUGGAUCACUGGGUCUGUUGAGGAUUGGUGAAGUGUUAAUACAGCAGGGCUCUGGACACCUCAGUUGAGGAGAACACCCAAGGAAACUGCAACAGGUGAGGAGUUCCCAGCACCAAUCCGAUGAUCUGAAAUGCCUCUGUCACGGUCUGUGCCACCUCAGUCUUGGAGAGCUUUGGGCAUCCUAGGUCACUUUGUCAUACAUGAGGACAACAAAAAUGCCAGAACUUGAAAUUUUUCAUGUCCAAAUUUUGAGAGAAAUGAAGUCCAGGUGCCUUUCCAACAACCUCAAGAGCUGAAGAACUUGACACUACCACUUCCCCCUCCUGUGGAACACAGGCAUGUUAGGGGAGGGGAGAGAGCAGGGGACAAAAUCACCUAAAAUGAACUUAAAAAUUAGCCUGUUUCAGUCAGCUUUCCCAUAGGUGUGGGGGUUAAAGCAGGAUUCAACUGUUCAGUCCACUUGAACACAAAAGAGAACAAGAAGUAAAUUACGUAUGACUAGCUAAAAUUGGUAACCCUAGCCAAAACAGAUAAAGUCUCUUCAAGCUGAAUUUAGGAUUCUGGAGUAUCUUGAACCAUGUUUUCUCCAGAUUUUGUGACCCAAGUCCCUC